AUGGAAGACGAGGAGGACCAUCUCUGGACCGCCAGCGAGGAUGACGAACACGACGACCCCAACAUCCGGCUCAAGAAGGACAUCAAAAAGGCCAAGCAACGGGCCAGGGCCCGUUCCGACCCGGGGGUCGACGCUGAUAACAUUGACGAGCUCCGCAGCAUCUGGUCCUCCGACAGCGACGGCGAGAAGUCCCUAUGGACUGGCGACGAGGGGGACGACGAGGCCGAUGCCCCCAGCGAUCCCAUUCCCAACGAGCGCAGUGACGAGUACAUCGACCGGCUUUUCGAGUUUGAUGAGAAACCCAAGCACCGGACGCUGGCCCAGGCGAUGAGGGAUGAAGAAGAGCGGAGAAGAUGUCCCCAGGGAAGCGUGCGCGCAAGAUGGCCGUGCAGAAUGCGCUGA